AUGAACGGUUUCUCAUCAGGAGUAGGUUUUGAAUACCGCCGUUCUGAUCGAGCUGAGGGCUUUAACUGGCACUUUGUCGAAAUGCCUUAUGGUUGCAUCCGCUUUCAUCGAGCUCAUUUUUUGGAUGUCUUCGUGAAGAAUCUUCCUGAAAGCGUUGCUCAUUUUGGGAAACGACUUGCGUCAUACAAUCAGGUACGAGACGGUAUCCAACUAGAGUUUUCGGAUGGGACGAGCGCAAUAUGCGACCUCCUAGUUGGGUGCGAUGGAAUCAAAUCGACAGUUCGAAAGCAAAUGCUGAAUAGCACGGGGAGAAUUGAGCUUGAGGAGCACAUAGAGCCAAGAUGGAGUGGCAGUAUUGCCUAUCGCGGUCUCAUUCCAGUUGCGAAGCUUCCAGAAGGCCAACACAGAGCGUUGCAGUAUCCUGUGAUGUACUGUGGCAAAGACAAGCAUGUUGUUGUCUAUUCGAUUUCUAAAGGCACGGUGGUAAACGUUGUUGCCUUUGCAUCAGAUUCGGAUAAGGAGAACACAUGUUACGGGGACGAAUGGGUGACGUCUUGUUCGAAGGAGGAGAUGCAGGAGUGCUUUGCAGGAUGGGAACCGGAGGUCUCCGUCCUUCUCGAUCGUAUUGAGAGCCCUACGAAAUGGGGAAUCCAUCAUCUAGCCCCACUUCCUCUAUAUGUGACUGGCAGGGUCGCUUUGCUAGGAGAUGCGGCCCACGCCAUGACACCCCAUCUUGGUUCAGGAGCCGGCCAGGCAAUUGAGGACGCAUAUAUUCUUGCGAAGGUUUUGGGUGCUGCCACGUUGAACACGCUUGAUGCGGCCCUCGAAGCUUACGAAACGACGCGUCUUCCGAUGGCAAACCAUGUUUUGCGGGCUUCCGCAGUUGCUGGGAAGAUGUUUGAGUUCAAUAAUGAGCUUGGGGAGCGAUACCAAGUGUUAGGCCCAGCAAUUGGUGCGCAGUGGAAUUAUCUAGACGAGACUACGCCAGAGGGUGAGAGUAUGCGUGCGGUUGAAAGGAUGCGAGAGGCAUUGAACAAGAGGAAGUUGUCAGACUCAUCAACGCUAUCAUCAAGAAAUGGUUUGCUUCGAAACGGUCACGAGCGUAGAGCCCUCCUUGCCAUCAUGUUGCUCCUCGCCUCGCUGGCAGCGGUCUUCACCGUAGGGCACGCUAUCGACGUCGUGCCCAACGUUACAGUGUCUGGCCCUACUCGGCCACCUACCCUCACCCCGUUUGCUUACGCAUUUCCUAACUGCAAAAGCGGACCUCUCAAGGAUAAUGCUGUUUGCGACCGUUCCAAGGACCCCGUAACGAGGGCAGAAGCACUCAUCCAACUCUGGACCGUCCCAGAGCUUAUUGCGAAUAGUGUCCACCAGGCCCCUGGUGUUUCUCGUCUGGGUAUCCCACCAUAUCAGUGGUGGUCAGAGGCUUCGCAUGGGAUAAGCUGGACUGGACCUGGAGUCAUUUUUGCGCCGGACGGCGACUUCUCAUACGCCACAUCUUUCCCCUCACCCAUUAAUCUCGGAGCUUCUUUCGAUGACCCACUAGUUUUCCAAGUGGGUACGGUCAUUUCUACGGAGGGCCGUGCUUUCAACUCAGCUCAACGCGCUGGUUUGGACUACUUCGCUCCUAACAUCAAUCCCUGGAGGGACCCACGUUGGGGAAGAGGUCAAGAAACUCCCGGAGAGUCAGCUCUCCACUCUGCGAAUUAUGUUUACCAACUGGUCAACGGCUUCCAAGGCGGUAUUGACCCUUCACCUUACAUCAAAGUUAUCGCCACGUGCAAGCAUUACGCUGCGUACGACUUGGAUCAAGUUGGAGAUGUGAUUCAAAGAAAUUUUUCUGCCGAAGUCACCACCCAGGAAUUCGCCGAAUACUAUCUCCCACCUUUCCAAACAUGCGUUAGAGAUGCAAAAGUGAAAAGCGUUAUGUGCGCAUAUAACGCCGUUAAUGGUGUGCCAGCGUGUUCUGAUCCCUACAUUCUCCAAACUGUUCUUCGUGAUUAUUAUGGGUUCCCCGAUGAUGGCUACGUCGUUUCUGACUGCGAUGCUGUUCAAAGCAUAUACGAAAAUCACAAAUUUGUCAACUCGUAUCAAGCAGCAGCGGCCGUUGCGUUAAAUGCAGGCACGGACCUCAACUGUGGCUCCAUUUAUGGACUUUUCCUCCAGCAGGCACUUGAUCAAAACUUGACUGCCACCGCCAACAUCCAGAAAGCUCUAGUCCGACAAUAUGCGUCCUUGGUUCGUUUGGGCUACUUUGAUCCUCCCGAGCUGCAGCCGUAUCGUCAAUUUACCUUCGCUGAUGUUGGAACGCCAGCUGCGGAGAAAAUGGCCUACGAUGUUGCCGUUGAAGGCAUGGUCCUCUUGAAGAAUGAUGGUACACUUCCUCUCAAGAAGAGUCUCAAGAAAAUGGCACUCAUAGGCCCCUGGGCUCAAGCGACAGAACAAAUGCAAGGCAACUACUAUGGGACCGCGCCGUUCCUGAUCAGCCCUCAAAUGGGUGCAGUCACCGCUGGCUUUAACGUGACUUUCGUUGAAGGCACCGGAAUUCAAGACGGAGAUACCAGUAGCUUUAGUGAUGCCCUUGAAGCGGCAGCACAAGCAGAUGUGAUUGUCUUUGCAGGAGGUAUUGAUAACGAUGUGGAAGCUGAAGGUUUGGAUCGCACGGACAUUAGCUGGCCUGGGGCUCAGCUCCAGCUGAUCCAGAAACUCGCUUCCGUCGGUAAACCAUUCGUCGUUGUCCAAUUUGGUGCUGGUCAAGUGGACGAUUCCUGGUUGCUGAAGAGCAAAGACGUCAAUGCUAUUCUCUGGGCCGGAUAUCCUGGCCAAAGUGGUGGUACUGCCGUCGCUGACGUUCUCACCGGAAAAGUUGCUCCUGCUGGUCGUCUGCCACUAAUGCAAUAUCCAGCCGAUUACGUCAACCAAGUUUCGAUGCUUGAUAUGAACUUGCGGCCAAACAAAACUUCAGGCAACCCUGGAAGGACGUAUCAAUGGUAUACAGGCAAGCCUGUGAUCGACUACGGCUUCGGUUUACACUAUACCACCUUCUCCUUACAAUGGCAAGGUCUUCCUGCCCUAGCAUACGACAUUCAAGCCCUCGUUGCAAAGGCUCAUAGCGCCGCACAUCUCGAUCUUGGCUCAUUCGACACAUUUGGCGUUACAGUCCGCAAUAUCGGACAUGUUACGUCCGAUUUCGUGUCGCUUCUUUUUGUGAAAACCACUGCUGGACCGGCCCCCCAUCCGAACAAGGUUUUAAUUGGCUACUCACGAGUUCACAGUGUGAAUCCAGGAGCGGCAGCCAUUGCUCGAAUCGGGGUUAAGCUCGGAGAUAUUGCACGCGUAGACCACAACGGAAAUGCCUGGGUUUAUCCUGGGUUGUACACCUUGAGCUUAGACGUCCCUGAACGACUCACACACUCGUUUGUGCUUGUCGGACAUGCGGCUCAGCUUAGCGACUUCCCCGCUCCUCCUGCUUCUUGGACGGUCGGUGCCGAUAAGCAGAAGCACUCUGCCAGCAAGCCCGCUGCGAUAUGGGACGAGCAUACCCACGAUGAACAACAAGUGCUUCGGGAACUACGUUAA